ACGAAAGUUAAUUACCCCACUAUCAGCUUCAGUGGGCGUGACAAAGAUUUAAGCCGCUUAAAGUGAAUGCAACUUAGCGAGAAUGCCCUCAGAGUUAGAUUGAUCCUGCUAGUACGUGUCACAAUGAACGACCCUGGCCAUGUGGAAAUUGGACUCAAUGAAAAUGAUGUCAACAAAGUUGUGUACUAUGGCUCGCAAGAACAGUCGCCACAGAGUUCCCCUGCACACUCUGUUGCUUCCAGUGAUGAUGAUCAGCGCCCUCUAGUGAGUGGAGGACAGAGUCCCCUGGAGAGUGGACCAAGCCAAGAGGAGCCCACUUUGCUAUCAGAAUCCAAUGAAGAAGUUAAACCUGUUGAGAAACUUAGCAGUGUGCCUGCUGCAGUUCUUAAUGUAAUAAACUCUAUCAUUGGAUCAGGAAUAGUGGGCAUGCCAUUUGCAUUAAAAGAAGGUGGUAUAGGAAUGGCUGUUCUACUCAUCAUAGUAGUUGGAGUCCUUACUGAUUAUUCCUUACAACUUCUUAUAGCAGCUGGCCUGCAGUCCAAGACAUCAACAUACCAGGAUGUGAUGCAGGUGGCAUUUGGUCGUCCUGGCUUCUAUCUUAUCUCUCUGCUUCAGUUUGCAAAUCCUUUCUUAGCCAUGACCAGCUACAAUAUCAUAGCGGGGGACACCAUUGAGAAGAUUGUAUACAGGACUGCUUCUGAAUCUGUAAAGAAUUCCGUCCUGGGCAACAGACAAUUUAUUCUCUUCUUGUUUACAAUAUUUAUCUCUAUGCCUUUGUCUUGCUACAGGAACAUAGCUAAACUCAGCAAGUUUUCUGCCUGUGCUAUCCUUUCUAUCAGCUUUGUGACUGUGUUUAUAAUGGUACGUGCUGUGACCAUGGCAAGGGAAGUGCCCAAAACUGAUGAUGCCUGGAUAUUUGCUGAAGAUGGAAUCGUGCAGGCAAUGGGUAUAAUUACUACUGCUUACCUUUGCCACCACAACUCAUUCCUCAUCUUCCGUUCCUUGAAAGAACCAACUCAGCAAUGUUGGAACAAAGUGGUCCACAUCAGUGUUGGUUCCUCCAUGGUGGCCUCUCUGGUGUUUGGCCUGUUUGGGUACAUCACAUUCACAGGAUAUACCCAAGGGGAUUUAUUGGAAAACUACUGUUACUCUGAUGACUAUGCCAAUGUAACAAGGCUGAUAUUUACCUUUAGUGUUAUGCUGACUUAUCCAAUAGAAUGCUUUGUUACAAGAGAGGUCAUAGAAAAUCUGCUGUUUGGUGCUAAGCAACCUGCUACCCUGCUACGCCAUAUGUUAGUAACAUUAGCUCUUGUCCUAGCAACAGGAGGAAUCUCCAUGGUAACUAACUGCCUAGGGAUUGUCUUGGAGUUGAAUGGUGCGCUAGCUGCAAUACCAAUGUGCUUCAUCCUGCCAUGUUUGAGUUAUAUGAAGAUUUCUCACGAUAACGGAGACAAAAUUCUCCAAAUAAAAAAUAUUUUCCCAACCAUAGUAGCCAUCACUGGGAUAGCAUUUUCUGUAGUUGGGCUUGUCUUGGUUCUUAAAAGCAUCGUGGAUGGGUCUGCGUUUCGGUGUAGUGAUGCAGAGGAAAUGGGUUACUGUUAUGACAUAAACCAGGUGCGGAAUAGCUCCUAUGUUUCAGCAGAGGCCUCUUUGAUAGAAACAUGGUCAAAUUCAACAAAUUAAUAAGUAAUAUACAUGUAUAUAUACUGUUUUUGUUAUAGGGAAGAGUAUAAUUCUUGACAAAAAAUGCUCUGCAUGUUUAAAAAGGAAACAAAGCUAAACUGAGAAAACUUGGAGCUGGAGAGUAUAAGCGAGGGAGCAGUUGGCACUGGUGCCCCUUCAAUUAAGUGAUGUGUAGUUGGAUCUGAGAUUAAUAGUUGAAUGGCAAAUUAUAUUCUUGUAUAUAUAUAUAUAUAUAUAU